AUGAAGAAUCUUUUGAUUUUGUUGUUCUUUUGCUCUUCCUUCUGUUUCAUAACAAGUCAAAUUCCAAAUCCUCAACGAUAUCAAAUUACUAUUAAAGAAAACGAUGGUUUCGACGAACGCGAACUUUCGAUUGACCGAAUUCUGAAAAAAGGGUCAUCGAAAUUGUACAAACUCAAAAAUAAUCAACGAAAACUUGUUCAUCAAGAAAUUUAUCAUCCAGAUCAUAACCGAACAUACAAAUUUGACUUUGAAGGGUUUACACCCAAAUGCACAACAAGUGAAGAUUCGCCAUUUGAUUCCAUUGAUUAUUGGUCGCAAAUAGUGAAAUCUCAUGGUGGAGAAAAUCAAAAAUAUGGAGAAAUUGUUGUGGAUGACGAUUGUAAUGGCGAAUGUUUGAUAUGGUCAAAAGAAUACAUUAGUCAACUGUUAGGAAUAAAUGUCUACAAACGAUUGUUUGUUCGAAAAGCAAAUAUGAGACCAAUCAAAAAAGAUCGAAUAUUGUACGACGCAAAAACCCACGAGACUAAAUUUGAGUUUUCAGAUGUAUUUGUGAAUUGGAAUUUAGGGGAAAUUUCCGAAUCAGAAUAUGAAUUUCCCAUGGAUGUCAAGACAUGCUCCGACGAGUUUAAAAAGUUGAAAGAAGCUGAAGUUAAAUCUGUUGAUGGAGAUCCAAUCAAAGUGUCAUUGCAAAUUCAUUGGACAGCAACAUUUUUGGACCCAUGCUCUACUCCUUAUGUGGCAAAUGAUAUCGAAAACGAACGAACGGAUCUCAUUGAUAAUACGAUCGCUCAACAACCACCAUUGAAAAAACCUCGAACUGACGAAUCUUUUGGUCUAUUUGCUCAAUUACGUAGUUCAUCAUCAGAACCUUCAAAAUCAAACGUUAAAGAUGAACUUUCUGUUGAAUUAGCUCAGUAUAAUAAACUUUCAUUUUUGACUACUCCAGCUUUAACUAAUCCACCAUUACUAUUUCUUGAGUUUUAG